CACUCAAAAAAUUUUCUUAUCACCGAUAUAUUUUCAAAUAAUUUUACUAGUUUUAAAUUGUCCGUUUCAAUAGGUUAUUUCGAAAUUGCUGACGCGCAUAUGUAUAGUAAAUAGUGUGGUUCUAUUCAUGUUACCAAAUGCUAUCGAUGUCUUGAGCUAAGAAACUGCUUUUGACUCGAUAUAUUAGUGUUGCUACAUAUAAAAAAAGUGAGCAUUGUCUGGAUUUAGCUUAAAAACAAAACUGCCGUCAUCAUGUCAAUGUCGAAGACCACGAACACCUACAAUCGGCAAAACUGGGAGGACGCCGAGUUUCCCAUUCUGUGCCAGACUUGCCUAGGCGACAAUCCAUACGUGCGGAUGAUUAAGGAGCGCUUCGGCAAGGAAUGCAAAAUCUGCACACGCCCGUUCACUAUAUUUCGAUGGUGUCCUGGCGCCCGGAUGCGCUUCAAAAAGACGGAGAUUUGCCAAACAUGUGCGCGCCUAAAGAACGUGUGUCAGACAUGCCUUUUGGAUCUGGAGUACGGGUUACCCAUUCAGGUGCGCGACGCGGCCCUUAAAGUAGCAGACAAUAUGCCGCAGAGCGACGUGAACAAGGAGUACUACAUCCAAAACAUAGACGCCCAGUUGCAAGACGGUGAUGGCACAGAGGCAGCCGGGGCAGUCGGCCGAUCUCUCGCCGCCAACGAGAUGCUGUCCAAGCUAGCGCGCACGGCACCGUACUACAAGCGAAACAGACCACACAUAUGCUCUUUCUGGGUGAAGGGAGAGUGCAAGCGAGGGGAGGAGUGUCCCUACCGCCACGACAAGCCCAACGAGCCCGACGAUCCGCUGUGCGAGCAGAACAUCAAGGACAGGUACUACGGACGCAACGACCCAGUGGCCGAAAAGAUAAUGAAGCGGGCAGCGUCGCUCCCCACGCUCGAGCCGCCGGAGGAUCGAAAUAUCACUACUCUGUACGUGGGAAACCUUCCUGAGGAGAUUACUGAGCCAGAACUGCGAGAUCAGUUCUACCAGUUCGGCGAAAUCAGGUCCAUUGCCCUGGUGCCACGCCAGCAGUGCGGUUUUGUGCAGUACACCAAAAGGAACGCCGCCGAGCUGGCCGCCGAGCGAACUUUUAACAAACUGGUGAUCCAAGGCCGGAAGGUGAGCAUUAAGUGGGCCCACUCCCAGGCAAAACAGAGCACCGUCGCAAAGACAGACCGGCGCUUCGACGUGGCUGGCAUUCCGCCGCCCAGUGCGAAGCCAAACGACUACUUUAAUCUACGACAAGAGCAGAUCAACGUCAUGCCCGCCGGCAUGAAGCUGCACCAGCUGCCAUCCAACUUGGUUCCGGCAUCAGCAUACCAGUUGUACAGCCAGCCGACAUACGCAGCGCCUUACGGCAAUGCCAGUACCACAGCGGCAUCUAGCUCGAGUGUGAGUCUUGACUCUAUAUCCGUUCCUCAACCGCCUGGCCAAGUACCCUACCCUAGUCAGGACGCUAGCAGGAUGGGGGCAGUGAAAAAAUAAAAUGUUCUAUGGUUCCGCUUUAAAGCUUUUUUUAAUAUAAACCAAUAAAAACAAUUACAACGGGA